AUGCGUUGCUUCACCAGCCUCGUGCUCGGCCUGCUGGCCCUGGAGGUGGUCCUCGCUCGGAACCUGCAGGAACAAGUCUUCAACUCAGUUCAGUCCAUGUGCCCUGACAGCUCCAGUGAGGAGGAAGGGUGCAUCAACUGUCAAAGCAGAGAGGCGUGCGCCCAGAACACCAUGUGUUCCUCCAGUUCCUGUGAUCAGACCAGCAAAAUUGUCAACAUUGGUGUUCCAAAAGCUGGCCGCUGCCCCUGGAAUCCACUCGGGAUGCUUGCUGCUGGGAUAUGCCCAAAGGUGGGAGGCUGCUUCAGUGACAGUGAAUGUUCUGGCAACAUGAAAUGCUGCAACGUUGGCUGUGUCAUGCAGUGUACACCCCCAAUGCCAGGUAUGCAGCAUCAAGACCCUGGCACCCCCUCUCCCCCAGACCUCCUCUGGCCACCACCUUACCUUUCAUCAGAUCCAAGAGCAGAUACGAUAAGCCUGAGCGCUGCAAAGAUGGCGACUGCGCAGAACGGGCGGAGGGCGUGGCUUCCGCACCAGAGCACUCAACCACCUAGCUUCCGGCGCGCGCCGGUGACGUACGUGAGCGCGCCGGGCCGCGUGGAGGCGGUACGGCUGAUGGAGGGCGCUGGCCGGUUGCGCAUUCGGUUCCGGCCUGCGAUUGCGCACGCGCCCCUCACCCCGCGUUGGACACGAGGCCCAGCCGGGGAAGCUAUACUGCCCGCAGUGACCCUUGGCGUCCCCUACCAGUUGCUUUUCGUGGUUCUGCAUUUUAGAUUUCAGGCUUGA